UUUUUUCAAUGAACCGAUUUGAAUUGUAUAUUAUCAUAAUUUGCUUGUUAGUGGUAUUCUCUAUAUCGGGUGAAACAAAUUGGCAAGAAGCAUUGAAAGACUAUGUCACUGAAUGUUAUGCUAAAAGCACACAGGAAGUUGGUGACGGAAAACCACGACCACGAAGAAACGAUGACCACUUCAGUAUAGGUGUGGAAUCAGUUGGACAGAAUACUCUGGAGACACUCAAUCAAUAUAUCACGAAAUGUUAUCAGAAAAAUACACAGGAAGUUGGUGACGGAAAACCACGACCACGAAGAAACGAUGACCACUUCAGUAUAGGUGUGGAAUCAGUUGGACAGAAUGUUCAGGAUAUGUUACAUCAAUAUAUCACAAAAUGUUAUCAAACAAGCACUGCAGUUCCAGUCAUCGACAUUAAACAUGAUGGUCAGGCAAAACGUCGAACACGCAGAACUUAUCAAGAGUCUGCGCCGACGAUUGAAAUCCAACAACAAGACAUUCAACAAGAAGAUGGUCCGGAAAAACAACUACCACGAAAAGAUGAUAUGCAGACUGUAUCGAUGAUGGAGUCUCGACAACAAGGUGCCAGUAAAAAGAUCGAUGAAGAUUCUGAUAUUUCAGAUAUACUCUAUAGAUACAUCACAAAAUGUUACGCAACAACCUUUUUCGUUCUAGUUACAGACUCAAAGGAAACUGAUCGAAGAGAAUUACGAAUGUUAAGCGACAACACAAGUAAUGCUAUUGUGAAGAAACGAAAAAUUCGAAGUAACGAGGUGAAGUUGGCCAGAAUUGUAGAAACUCCUGAUGGUGGUUCAUCGAUUUUCAAAGGAUUAUCAUUGUCAUAUAUCAUUAUCGCAGGUGUUGGUGGUAUUGUUCUACUCUUAAUUAUUCUAUUAGUAUGUUGUGCUUAUUGUAAGAGACAUUAA